AACAGUUAGUCAGCCACCUCGGUAGCUUGUUAGACCAAAUAGCCGAACCAAUAAAGCUCUUUAGACGCUUUCGUUGGUAUUAGCCACUGUGUUUUAAAGUUAUCCGAUUUAAUUUCAUAUUUACUGUGUUGUUAUUAUUCAGCUAGCGGGCUGGUUAAGUUAGCAUUAGCCUAUAUAGCUAACAUCUCCGACCAUGAGUUCACUAAGCUACUCUCCUUCUGCUAAAGAAGAGGAUGUCUACUGGACGGAGAAAGAAGCUCUCGUCAAAGAGGAGGAGGAAGAGAAGGAUGUCACAGUAAAACAAGAAGUUGAGAGUGAGGCUGUUAUAGUUAAAGAAGAGAAAGACGUUUCAGUGAAAGAGGAGGAGGAUGUUACAGUAAAAGAAGAGGAGGAAGAGAAGGAUGUUACAAUACAAAAACAAGUAGAGGGUGAGGCUGUUACAGGAAAAGAAGAAGAGAAAGACGUUUCGAUGAAAGAAGAGGAAGACGCGUUCAGAGUGAAGGAGGGGGAGGAUGCAGUUUUUGAAGUGAAAGAGGGGGAGAUUACGGCCACAUCGGAAGAGGAGGAAACUGGAUAUCUGGACCCGAUUUCCCAAACGCAAUUUAAGGCACCCAGUGGUUCUAACGAUGAGUUUAGCCAUACGAUGGUUUUGAGAAACCGGGCCGUGAUUACCACUGGAGAGCUACGGGACUAUUGUGGAUCCUCUGGGGAGCCUCAACAACAUCAUGAUGCUGACGAGGCAGAGAAGAGUCUCUCCAGAUCAGAACACCUCAAUAAACACCUGCAGAGACCCACAGGGAAUAAAUCUAUUUGCUGCUCUGCCUGUGGGAAAUGUUGCAAAUCUUCAUCAGAACUUAAAAUACACCAGCAAGUCCACACAGGAGAGAAGCCAUACUGCUGCUCUGACUGCGGGAAACGUUUCUCAAGAUCAAAUUCACUAAAAGUACACCUGAGAAUUCACACUGGAGAGAAAUCUCACCACUGUUUUGAUUGUGGGAAAAGUUACUUAAGAUUAAAAUCACUAAAAGUACACAUGAGAAUUCACACCGGAGAGAAACCUUAUAGAUGUGAUCAAUGUGGGAAGAGUUUUACUAUAUCUAGCUGUCUGACUAUACAUCAGAGAACACAUACAGGAGAAAAACCGUAUAGCUGUACUCAAUGUGGGAAGAGUUUCACUACAUCUAGCCAAUGGAUUGUACACCAGAGAACACACACAGGAAAGAAACCUCUUUACUGUACUCAAUGUGGGAAGAGUUUCACUCACUUAGGCAGCCUGUUAUCACACCAGAGAAAACACACAGGAGAGAAAUCUUAUAACUGUGAUCAAUGUGGGAAGACUUUUACUCAGUCAAGCAACCUGGUAUCACACCAGAGAACACACACAGGAGAGAAACCUUAUAGCUGUGAUCAAUGUGGGAAGAGUUUUACGAAAACGAGCAGUCUUAUUGUACACAAGAGAACACACACAGGAGAGAAACCUCAUAGCUGUGAUCAAUGUGGGAAGAGUUUUGUUACAUCUAGCCGUCUUAUUGAACACCAGAGAACACACACAGGAGAGAAACCUCAUAGCUGUGAUCAAUGUGACAAGAGAUACUCUGAUAAAAGAUCGCUGAUCAAACAUCAGAAAAUACAUACAUGAAGGAGUUGUUUCAUGAUGUCAAUGAAAUGUCACAGUGUAGAAUGUUUUAACAUUGUAGUAGGAGUAUUUUAAUUGUCACAAUGGAGAACCCUAAUUGUUUGCCAGCUGUUCUAUUGAUUUCAGCGUGAUAAGGAUAUGAGCUUCAUCAGUAGAAACAUCUUUGUACUUUGCUCCGUUCAUCUUUCCCUCGAUCUUGACUAGUCUGCCAGUCCCUGCCACUGAAAAACAUCCCCACAGCAUGAUGCUGCCACCACCGUGCUUCACCGUAGGGAUGGUGCCUGGUUUCCUCCAGACGUGAUGCUUUGCAUUCAGGCCAAAGAGUUCAAUCUUGGUUUCAUCAGACCAGAGAAUCUUGUUUCUCAUGGUCUGCGAGUCCUUUAGGUGCCUUUUGGCAAACUCCAAGUGGGCUGUCAUAUGCCUUUUACUGAGGAGUGGCUUCCAUCUGGCCAAUCUAUCAUAAAGGCCUGAUUUGUGGAUUGCUGUAUAGAUGGUUGUCCUUCUGGAAGGUUCUCCUAUCUCUACAGAGGAACUCUGGAGCUCUGUCAUUGUGACCAGCGGGUUCUUGGUCAUUGAACAUCCCUUCUCCCCUGAUUGCUCUGUUUGAAGAGCCUUGGUGGUUCCAAACCUCUUACAUUUAAGAAUGAUGGAGGCCACUGUGUUCUUGGGGACCUUCCAUACUGUAGACAUUUUUUGAUACCCUUCCCCAGAUCUGUGCCUUGACACAAUCCUGUCUCGAAGCUCUACGGCCAAUUCAUUCGACCACAUGGCUUGGUUUUUGCUCUGACAUGAAUUUAUGGCAGGUAGACUACAAUCAAGUUGUAGAAACAUCUCAAGGAUGAUCAAUGGAAACAAUAUGCACCUGAGCUCAAUUUCGAGUCUCAUAGCAAAGGGUCUGAAUACUUAUGUAAAUAGGGUAUUUCUGUUUUUCGCUUUGUCAUUAUGGGGUAUUGUUUGUAGAUUGAUGAGGAAAACACUAUUGAAUCCAUUUUAGAAUAAGGCUGUAACAUAACAAAAUGUGGAAAAAGUCAAGGGGUCUGAAUACUUUAUUGGUUUACUGUUAGAAUAAGUUGUAUGACUACACCAAUACUGUUAAAGCAACUCACAGAUUCACAGACCUAGAAAAUUGAUGGCCAAAUCAAUCAAAUCAAAUUUUAUUUGUCACGUACACAUGGUUAGCAGAUGUUAAUGCGAGUGUAGCGAAAUGCUUGUGCUUCUAGUUCUGACAAUCCAGUAAUAACCAACAAGUAAUCUAACUAACAAUUCCAAAACUACUGUCUUAUACACACAAGUGUAGGGGGAUAAAGAAUAUGUACAUAAAGAUAUAUGAAUGAGUGAUGGUACAGAGCGGCAUAGGCAAGAUACAGUAGAUGGUAUCGAGUACAGUAUAUACAUAUG